AUGGCGCUCUCAGAAACUCCAGUGAAGGUCACCUUCUGCGACGGAACAGCGGUCCUGGUAAGCCGGAACAGCUUUCUGGAUGUGGAAGUCCACAGUGGCAAGGACAAGGCACGCCGCCGGGCGCGGAGCGCUCCGGCAGAGUGCAGGUACGAGGACUUUGUGGACGCCGAGAUCAACGAGGCCAAGCCAUUCACUCGCACCCUGACCGACCGCACGGUAAGCACUGACUAUCGCGACUUUGACAGCUUGGUGGACACAGAGUUCGACCGCCAGACGUCCCAGCAGAGUUCUUUUAGCUUCUCAGAGAUGCAAGACUCGCCCACCGCGGGAUCUGACGACACUGAGGAGCUCAGUUUGGACCACUUCCCGACAGUGAUGAUCAAGAACAUCCCCUGCCGUUGCAGCGCCGGAGAGGUGUUGCGGGCUGUGGAUUCCUUGGGCUUCGCUGGAACCUACGACUUCUUCUACCUGCCGAUGAUCCCCGAUUAA